AUUUUUUAGUUAUUUGGAAAGCGGAGUAAAAAAAUGUAUUUAAAGUCGGAAAUUAGUUGAGGCUCAGCAAUUUUGUAGUUUGUAGUCGCUUAGCCUCAACCAAUUACAAAUAUAUUUUGGUUGAGGCUCACGGAAAAUGUGUAGUUUGUAGUCUUGACCUCAACCAAUUUAAAAUUAAUUUUUUGGUGAGGUUCAUAAAAAUGUGUAGUUUGUAGUGUUUUAGCCUCUACCAAGUUAGAAAUUAGCCUAAAUUUUGGUUGAGGCUCACGAAAAAUGUGUAGUUUGUAGUCAAAUUUUGACUAAUUUUUCAAAGUUUUUACUUUUAAAAAACAGUUUCAAACAAAUAAAAUAAAAUAUGCGAUUAACAUCGUGGGGAAUUACCAGUAAUCCGGUCUAGUCCCGAGAAUGAAAAAAAAAGUGUAAAAUAUAAUAAUAAAAUGCUGCCAACGAGACGAUUACUCCUGCGAAUCAUUUCCUUUUUCACAUUUUUCGCCAUUUUCUGCCUAUUUUACACACAAAAUCCCGUAAAAACCCUGAUAAAUGCCACGUCAUCGACGAUAAAGCCGCCGAAAACACCGAAAUUCUACAAAAUUCUGAAUUGGGAGAAGCGAGAAUCCGAAAAACGACUGAACAAUAUUGAAGCAUUGAUUCGCGCGAAUUCAAAUAAGCUUCCAAAUCGAACAUCUAAUCUGUCGGCAGUUCAGUUAUGCUCCAAAUUACGUUCUCCAUGCCUACCAGCAUUGAAGGAUUUCGAAGGAGAAAUUCGGACAUCACCACGUUACAACCUAUCCACGUGUGUUGUACAAAAGAGCAUGAGUACGGUAAUGACGUCAAUGUUCUGCUAUUUACGGGACGAGAAGAAGUUUGUUGGAAAUCACCGUGAAUUGCUGAAGGACUGGAAAAUCGUGCGAUUUUGCAUGUUUAAGAACGAAUUUCGCAAUUUGGGUGGUGUUUUUAAAAAGUUUAAGAUCCCACCGGCGCCAAACAAUUGGACGCAUAUAAUGAUGGUUCGACAUCCAUUCGAACGUUUUGUGUCAGGAUUUGUGGACAAAUGUUAUAGAAAGCCAGUGAUCCAAAAGUACUGUAACGGAUGCGGCAGAAAUUUGACGUGUUUCAUGGAAACUGAACUAAAACGUAUGGGCCAACAAGUGGAAAGUGGGAAAUUUCAGAGAACUUAUGAAGAUCGACACUUUUUCCCGCAAAGUUGGCGGUGCAAUCUCCAUCAAUACUUUUCAAACUUCACAUUUAUUCUCUAUUCAUCAUCUCAUAAUUUCUCAAUUACAUCUCAACUAUUCCCAAUUUUCCGCCAACAUUCUGUACCUCAAAGCUCGCUAGACUUCAUUGAAACUUCACUUUCUGCCGGCCGAACCGCACAUUCGACUGUCGACUCAAAAGCCACGUCAUUCAUUGAAAAACGACUGAAUUCUAGUCCGUAUCUCAUGGAAUUACUUGUUAAGAUGUUUUAUCACGAUUUUGUUUUAUUUAAUUUCACACUUCCUGUCAUAUAAAGAGUUGAACAAUUA